AUGGGUAGUCUCUCUUUCCAGGCAAGUAACGGUAUCAUAUGGCCAACAUACGUGGUUUUACUGCUUAGUGCGUCCGCUGUGGCGUACUGGAAGCGGGAUAGUAAGACUUUCUUGAGUGCUAAUGGUACUCAGAAGGCUUUGCCUCUGGCAUUUAACUUUGUCGCAUCUGGUUUGGGUUGUGGUGUGCUUAGUGCAUACCCACAAAUUGCUAAUAUCGAUGGGUUGCACGGCUUGCUAGUGUAUGCCUUAGCUGGUGGUUUGCCCAUGUUUUUGUUUGCUUUCUUGGGUCCUAUUAUUAGAAAGAAAACUCCGAAUGGGUUUGUUUUGACUGAGUGGGUUUUCCAUAGGUUUGGUCUGCUUACUGGAUGGUAUUUGGGUGCUUGUACUAUCUUGACCGUUUUCCUGUUUAUGGUGAGUGAAGUGGCUUCUUUAAAAUAUGCGAUUGAAACCAUUGCUGGGAUCAAGGCUUUGCCCGUGAUUAUUAUCGAAUGUGUGGUUACUACCAUUUACACUACGAUCGGUGGGUUUCAUAUCUCGUUCAUCACCGAUACGUUGCAAGUCAGUGUUGUGUUUGUUCUAUUGAUUAUCGUUGCGUGUGCAAUGGGCAAAUACGUUCACAUUGACAGUUCGAUGAUCGAACCUUCUGGUCUGCUCAAGGCUAACAAGCUAGGUUGGCAAUUGGUUUACAUUUUAACGUUUGCUAUCUUCACGAACGAUUUCUUCAUGAGUGGGUUCUGGCUUAGAACUUUUGCUUCAAGAUCAAACAAGGAUCUAAUGAUCGGCUGUUCGAUCGCUUGUGUUAUUUUAGUGGUUUUUGUCACUGUCAUCGGUGUCACUGGGUUUAUCGCCGUCUGGGCAGGCUUGAUCUCAGUCGCAGAUGAAGAAAACUCCGGUGCGGCUUUCUUCAUCCUACUGGCGCAGCUACCUUCUUGGGUCAUGGGGUUCACCCUGGUGUUUGUUGUUGUGUUAUCCACUUGUACCUUGGAUUCUUUGCAAAGCGCUUUGGUGUCAUCGGUCUCCAAUGAUGUCUUUAGAAACAAGAUUCCCAUCAUGUACGUUCGUGGGUUGGUCUUGCUAGUGAUGGUCCCUGUUGUCGUUGUUGGUCUGAUCGCUGAAGACGUUUUGAGUAUCUACCUGAUUGUUGAUCUGCUCUCCAGUAGUGUUGUGCCAGUACUAGUCUUUGGUCUGUCUAAGAGAUUCGAAAAGUACUGGACUGGUUGGGAAGUCGUUGGCGGUGGUCUUGGAGGUAUUCUAGCCACCUGGAUCUUCGGUACCGUUUACUACGACUCCCCUGAGGAAGGUGGGAAACUAUUACUGAUUACCAAUGGGUUGUACGCCGAUGAUUGGGGUACCUUUGGUGCGUUUGUUGUCGCACCAUUUGGUGGUAUUGCCUUUGGUUUCUUCAUCAUGCUUAUCAGACUGGACUGCGUCAAGCUUUACAGCAACAAGGACGGCGUAUUCCACAGAUCUGCCAACAAAGUCGGUGCCGUUACUGGUAUUACUGGCUUGCAUCGCUUCUACAGACACUGGGAAGACCGUCUAAUCACACGUUCAAACGUUGAAGUAGUUAACGAAACCGAGAGUCUCACACUACAAAACACGACAACCUUGGACAAGAAACAAUCUGCAGUUGACACUUACCAGUCUACUCUCUUUGCCGAAUAA